AUGACAUUAGAUUCGUUAUCUAAAGUAUCAGAUGAAAAAAGAAGGGUUAUCUUGGAAAAAAUUGAAAGGAAGUUAAAAGGAACAGCCAAAAGUUUGACGAAUGGAGAUAAAUAUGUCAAAAUGAUCAUGCAGGCAUUUAAAGACAAAGCAAAUGCUAAAAACAAAAAGAGAAAUGACCUUAAUGAAAAAACAAAAAUUAAAUAUGAAAUUGAAGGAACCGAAGAUGGCAUAAUACACAGUAAUGAACACAAAUACAGUAAAAUUAAUAAAAACCCCAAAACAAUCCGACUUGGCAGUAAAAAUGUUGAUAAGAAAUCUCAGAAAGGCAAGACUAAUCGCAAAGUAUUUGAACCCCAAGUAAAAGAAAAGAUAAUACGCGAUAUUGCAAAUAAAAUAGACUUAGUGGCAAAAUCAUACCUAAGAGAUUCUCAAACUAUAGAUGAGAAGAAAGCUAUUUUAAAAAAAAUCGAAGAAAGGAUAAUGGCUUCUUCCAAACGAAAACACCUGCAAAUACACGACCAACAUAGUGAUCUGAAAGCGUACACUGAACUAAUAAAACAAGGGCUAGAACUUUCUAUGAACAGAUUAGCAUCAAAAAACCGGCGAAUGCUUGACACGGACUCAGAGGAAACUGAGGAAGCACAUGAUAUUGGUUACAAUGAAACACACGAAAUGAGUUUAAAACAAAUCAAACGAUACAAAGCAUUUUUCUCCGAAGUAUUGAGUGAAUCUUCUGUCGAUCCACGUUGUACAGAAAUGGUGGAAGGAAUUUGUCUUCGUAUAGAAUCUAUGCAUAAGUUGCCUUGUGGUGAUGGAAAAUAUAUAGAAUUGGAGCAACUUUGCGAUGGUGUUUUUGACUGCUGGAAUGAAGCUGAUGAAACAAAUUGUACUGAUAAAGAUGAAUCCAUUACCACAAAAUGUUUGCAGCCGUUGGUUGGUACUCCUAUUUUUUCUCGCCACCAUAAAACUUUAUUAAAUAUGCUGCUGUCACAGUUGGAUUUUCUGAAAAAAUACAAACCACCCACAGAAAAGUAUAACAUAACGUCCAAGGCGAUAGAAGACGGAGACAAGUUUUUUAUGAAAAAGACAAUUGGGGAUGUAACUUCAAUAGUGAGUUCACUGUCAUCGGCCCUGGAAAUAAACCUUUGUUUACCUUCUGACGUUAAAGCAAAAGAAAAUGUUUUAUUGACACGUAGAGACAUGGAUAGUGAGAUUCCUAAUAGCAAAGAUGAAAAGACGUCUACAUGGUCUCCUAAAUCAUGCAGUUGUAAGCGUGAAGUUUGCGAAUUGGAUAACUGUGACGCUCGAUGCAAAAGGAUAUGUUGGCAAAAAUUUAGAUUAAAUCGGUGGAAAUGCCAGUCUGUCUCUGGUGACGCAAGUAUUCCUUUGGGUCUAAUUUGUGACGGUAAACUAGAUUGUUUUGAUGAAAGCGAUGAAACUUUGUGUGCUAUGGGAUCAAAUGUGAAUAAAUUUAAAGCAAAUACCUUAUUUAAUGAGUUAAUAGACUUACUGUCUUUGAAAUCAAUUUCGGGGGAAUUUGAAUACAGUAGAAAUAAGAUGGCAGCGCUGACAGGUCUAGCACGUCAAUUGCAGAAGUUAGCAACUAGCUCUGAUAUAGACCUUCAUGCAAUCAAAAUGACUAGAGAUGAAUAUUUUAAAAUGCUCGUUCACAUUUACUCAGAUGCGAUGCGUCAUUCAAAUUUGCAAGAAUUAGAUCAGACGCAUGAUUUUUUGAUACUGUUGAAUGAAAAAAUGAUCGGUGCACUGAAGCGAUCGCAUACAGGAAAUGAAAAUGUAGUACCGUCGGCUGGAUGUUAUUGUAGAAAUGGCACUUGUGUACAAGUCAGGUGCCCACCAAAGUGUCAUGCAACUUGUCAAGCAGAACCUUUUCUUACGAGAUACUCCUGCAACACGAAUAACUUAACUGUUCCUGUAAAAUCCAUUUGUAAUGGCAAAAAAGAUUGUCCUAACGAAGAAGACGAAAAAAAUUGUUUAAAAGAUGUAUGUCGGUCUUAUCAUCUGAUAUUAUUACGGCGUAAUUUAAAAAAAGCGGUAUUGUCAUUACACGGUACCGCUGCACGGGAGGCGAUAAACAGUUGGAAGAGUAAGGUAAUGAUAACUCUCCAGGUUGUAGAAACCCGUGAGAGACCUAAUCAUAUGCUAUUGGAAGACACUGUUAUCAAUAUUCUCCACGACCUUGUGUCAACAUACGCUUCAAUGGAUGCUAAUAUAAAAAAUAGUGCCGAACGCAUAUUUAAAGAAUUUGUUAAUGUUUCUAAUGUUGUCAAGGAAACGCUUAAGUCGUGUGGGAAUUAA